AUGAACUCUUCUGCGUCUGCUGCUGCCGUCGCCACCGCUACGGAAAGCGAUACUGCGACAGCGCAAAAAAACUACAAGAUUGUCCAGGACUUUGGCAACUUUGCAGAGACAGAAGCGCAGCGCCCGGAUUUUGACCACUUAAAACCUGUUGAGGUGACCAAAUCACCGUAUCCCAAAUGGACGUAUGGAGAAGGAGUGCCAGACAACGGGGCAAGCCUGGCUCAAGAACACCAUGAAAUCGAUCCCUAUGCGCCAGAUCGACCCAUGAUGAACAACUAUCGCCUGCUGGUCUCGGGAAUUGCACCCCGGCCAGUUGGUUUUCUAAGUACUGUCAAUUCUAAAGGACAGAAGAAUCUCUCGCCCUUCAGCUACUUUCAAGUUAUCGAUCAUGACCCGCCCAUGUUCAUUGUGGGAUUCUCGUCCCGUCCGGGCCGCGUCAAGGAUACCUACCGCAACUUAAAGGAAACUGGAGAAUGCGUUAUCAAUACUGUCUCUGAGAAUAUGAUUGAAGCUGUCAAUGCCAGCUCUAUUGAUGCGCCAUACGGUGUAUCAGAGUGGGACGUCUCGGGCCUUCAUGAAGCACCGUCCACAACGGUGAAGCCUUCACGUGUUAAGGAGUCGGUGUUUAACAUUGAAGGCAAAGUUAUCGACAUUAAAGAAUUCAACGAUCAUCAACAGCCUGGGAUGAGCCUUGCUGCUACUGUCCUCAUCAAGGCCACUCGGUUUUGGGUCAAGGAAGGCACAGCCAAUCCAGAUUACAGCCAUAUCGACCUGGACAAAUUGAGACCACUUGGACAACUUGGCGGUGUCUCCUAUGGUCGUGUUGUGUCAACCUUCGAGAGACCUCGUAGUAAAUGGGAUGAUGAGGUUCCCAAGAGUGAACUACUGGCAAAGUUGCACACGGCUAAACCCGAAUAG